UGACAUGCGCAUGAUAAACAUUACACAAUCACAAAGAUCUUCUGCACCUUCUCCGUUCCCAAUUCCUCUCGAUCGGAGCUUCACCGUCCGAUCUCGAUGCCAUACUUUCCGAUUCAGCUCUUCUCCUGGUAACAUCCAAGUAUCCCCCUAAACCCUAGCAUCGGAGUACGAAGAUGGCUUUGGUAGCGGCUCUUGAGGCGGAUCUCCGCGCUCUCUCCGCGGAGGCGCGACGGAGGUAUCCCGCCGUCAAAGACGGAGCGGAGCACGCAAUCUUGAAGCUUCGUUCGUCAUCGAGUGCAAGGGAUCUUUCAAGCAAUGAAGACAUUCUUCGGAUCUUUCUGAUGGCCUGUGGAGUCAGGAAUACAAAACUUAGUGUGUUAGGGCUUUCGUGCUUGCAGAAGCUUAUUUCUCAUGAUGCUGUUGAACCAUCAUCUCUGAAGGAGAUACUUGAUACCUUGAAAGAUCAUUCAGAAAUGGCUGAAGAAAAUAUCCAGCUAAAGACUCUGCAAACUAUUCUAAUAAUAUUUCAAUCUCGCCUACAUCCAGAAACCGAGGAUAAUAUGGUUCUCGGACUAAGUAUCUGUCUAAGGCUUCUUGAUAACAACCGUCUUCCUAGUGUUUACAAUACUGCUGCAGCUACCUUCAGGCAAGCAGUUGCGAUGAUUUUUGAUCAAGUGGUUUCGGCUGAGUCCCUUCCUAUGAGUAAAUUUGGAUCUAGCAGUCAAACAGCAAGGACUGGCUCAGUUACUGGAGAUUUGAGUCAGAAUAUCAAUAGUUCAGAGUCCUUGGAGAAAGAUGUUAUCUCUGGUCGAUCGACAAUGAGAGACACUCUGAGUGAAACCGGUAAACUUGGUCUGCGUUUGCUUGAGGACCUGACAGCCUCAGCUGCAGGUGGAUCUGCGGCUUGGUUGCAUGUCACUUCUCUUCCAAGGACCUUUUCCCUCGAACUAAUUGAGUUUGUUUUGUCGAACUAUAUCUCAGUUUUUAAGAUACUACUUCCCUACGAACAGGUUUUGCGUCACCAAAUCUGCUCCCUCCUAAUGACAUCACUUAGGACCAGCUCAGAGCUCGAGGGAGAAAUGGUUGAACCUUAUUUCCGCCGGUUGGUGCUGCGGUCAGUUGCUCAUAUUAUUCGACUGUAUAGUUCUUCUCUCAUUACAGAAUGCGAGGUGUUCCUAAAUAUGCUUGUGAAAGCUACAUUUUUAGAUUUGCCAUUGUGGCAUCGCAUUCUUGUUCUUGAGAUUUUGAGGGGGUUCUGUGUUGAGGCAAGAACAUUACGGAUUCUUUUCCAAAAUUUUGAUAUGAACCCUAAAAAUACAAAUGUUGUGGAGAGCAUGGUCAAAGCACUUGCUCGAGUUGUUUCUAGCAUACAGUUUCAGGAGACGAGUGAGGAAAGUCUAGCAGCUGUUGCUGGGAUGUUUAGUAGCAAAGCUAAAGGAAUUGAAUGGAUUCUUGAUAAUGAUGCUUCCAGUGCGGCUGUUCUCGUUGCGAGCGAAGCUCAUGCAAUAACUUUGGCAAUUGAAGGCUUACUUGGAGUUGUGUUUACAGUCGCCACUUUAACAGAUGAAGCAGUAGACAUUGGGGAGCUUGAAUCCCCCAGAUACGAGCAUCAUCCAACGUCUGAUUAUUAUACUGGGAAAACCUCACAUCUUUGUAUCUCGAUGGUAGAUUCAUUAUGGCUGACUAUACUCGACGCAUUUUCCCUUAUUCUAUCAAGGUCACAAGGUGAGGCAAUCGUAUUGGAAAUACUGAAAGGAUAUCAGGCAUUUACUCAGGCAUGUGGCGUUCUUCAUGCUGUAGAACCCUUGAACUCUUUUCUUGCAUCACUUUGUAAAUUUACCAUCGUUUUGCCAACUGAUGCCGAAAGGAAAAGUUUCAGUAGCCUCGUACAGUCUCCUGUGUCCAAACGUUCUGAAGUACAGGUUGAUCAGAAAGAUGUCAUUGUCCUGACACCCAAGAAUGUUCAGGCAUUGAGAACACUCUUCAACAUCGCUCAUAGGUUGCAUAACGUAUUGGGGCCAUCAUGGGUGUUGGUUCUUGAAACUCUGGCAGCCCUAGAUCGAGUUAUUCAUUCUCCUCAUUCAACCACCCAGGAGAUCGCAACUGCAGUUCCAAAGCUCACCAGGGAGCCUUCUAGGCAGUACGCUGAUUUUAGCAUUCUGUCUUCUUUAAAUUCUCAACUGUUUGAAAGCUCGGCUCUAAUGCAUGUGUCUGCUGUUAAAUCACUUCUUUCUGCACUCCAUAUGUUGUCCCAUCAAUCCAUGACAGAAACUUCGGGCAGUGUUUCAUCAGCUGCAAGUAAAAAAAUUGGGAGCAUCAAUUUUUCGGUGGACAGAAUGAUAUCUGUUCUCGUAAAUAAUCUCCACAGGGUGGAACUACUAUGGGACCAAGUUGUUGGCCACUUUCUUGAGCUCGCUGAACAUUCAAAUCAGAACUUGAGAAAUUUGGCGCUUGAUGCCCUGGACCAAUCCAUAUCUGCUGUCUUAAGUUCGGAGCAAUUCGGAGAAUAUCCGCCCAGAUCAAGAGAUGCAACCCUGGAUGUAGAAUCAAAGUCAACUGAGUUGAAGUCAGUUGAGUGUGCUGUACUAUCUUCUCUCAAGGCUCUUUACUUUUCGGCCCAAAAGGCCGAUGUUCGAGUUGGUUCAUUAAAAAUCCUCCUUCAUGUACUUGAGAGAUGUGGGGAAAAGUUGUACUAUAGCUGGCCUGGCAUUCUUGAGAUGUUGAGGUCUGUUGCCGACGCAUCAGAGAAGGAUGUAGCGACCCUCGGGUUUCAGAGUCUCCGGGUUAUUAUGAGUGAUGGACUUUCUACUCUUCCGGCAGACUGUCUCCAUGUGUGCAUAGACGUUACUGGAGCUUACAGUGCACAGAAGACCGAUUUGAAUAUAAGUUUAACAGCCAUUGGCCUGUUGUGGACUCUGACUGAUUUCGUAGCAAAGGGGCUUCACCAUGAGUCUCUAAUGGAGAAAGGAUCGGGAUUCAAUAAUGUUGAUACCACUCCACAGCAAACAAAUGCUGAGGGUGUGGAAGAUUCCGACAAGCCAGAUUAUGAAGCUCGAAUACAAGUAGUAAAUCAUGAGAAACUAUUGUUUUUAGUAUUUUCGUUAAUUCAGAAACUCGUGGAUGACGAGCGACCAGAGGUGAGGAAUUCAGCUGUCAGGACGUUUUUCCAGAUUUUGGGAAGUCAUGGGAACAAACUUUCAAAAAAAAUGUGGGAGGAUUGUCUGUGGAACUAUAUCUUCCCGAUGUUGGAUGGCGCCUCUCACAAGGCUGCAACAUCAUCAAAGGACGAAUGGCAAGGAAAAGAAAUAGGCACUCGAGGAGGGAAAGCAGUGCACAUGCUUAUACAUCACAGUCGCAAUACAGCACAGAAGCAGUGGGAUGAAACAUUUGUGCUUGUCCUUGGAGGAAUAGCCCGCCUCUUCCGUUCCUACUUUCCUCUUCUUGAAAGCUUACCCAACUUCUGGUCAGGAUGGGAGUCUUUACUGGCUUUUGUUAAGAAUAGCAUUUUCAAUGGAAGUAAAGAAGUAUCACUUGCAGCGAUAAAUUGUCUGCAGACAGCUGUUGUAUCUCACUGUGUCAAGGGAAACUUGCAACUCCGAUAUCUUAAUUCGGUCAUGGAUGUGUAUGAGCUUGUUUUCCAGAAGUCAUCGAGUUAUACGGGUGAUACAGCAUCGAAGGUGAAACAAGAGAUUCUGCAUGGUUUAGGUGAGUUAUAUGUGCAAUCACUGCAGAUGUUUGAUGAUAAAAUGUACAUGCAAUUGCUCGGAAUUAUAGAUUUGGCUAUAAAGCAGGCCAUCAUAAGUAGCGAAAAUUUUGAAACUGAAUUUGGCCAUGUUCCCCCUGUAUUACGUCAUGUUUUGGAAAUCUUGCCCUCAUUGGGUCCUCCUGAGCACCUUUCAUCAAUGUGGCUAAUACUGCUAAGAGAAUUUUUGCAUUAUCUUCCACGAGUUGAUUCUGCUCUGCCAAAUGAGGAAGGUGAGACUGAGCAGAGCACCAUAGGUCACCGUGCAAGCAGUGAAGUAUCGAAACACAAAGCUAAUUCUUCGUCUGACAAAACCAUUCCAACCACAAGAAUUACGAGUAAAAUGUUUGCAGAAAAGCUGAUCCCGGCUCUGGUGGAGCUCCUCCUCCGGGCACCUGCAGUUGAAAAGUAUAUCCUGUUUGGGGAAGUCAUCCAAAACCUGAGAAGGUGCAUGAUGACAAGACGAGACAAUCCAGAUGGUUCACUCUGGAAGGUAGCAGCUGAGGGCUUCAACCGUUUACUAGUUGAAGAUGUGAAAAUAUGUUCUGUGGGUGAUGACACAGACCUGAAAAUUAGCAAAACUGCUCGCGUACGCAUUUGGAAAGAAAUUGGAGAUGUUUACGAGAUAUUCCUUGUUGGUUACUGUGGACGUGCACUUUCUUCAAAUUCUCUCCCUGCAGCAGCGCUUAAGGCCAAUGAGAACCUUGAAAUGGCCUUAUUAGAUGGUCUUGGUGAUAUUAUUCUCAAGUCGACGGUUGAUGCACCCCGAGAAGUUUUGGAGCGGCUUGUUUUAACCUUAGACCGCUGUGCAUCACGUACAUGCUCGUUGCCUAUUGAAACUGUGGAGCUGAUGCCUGCCCACUGUAGCAGAUUCUCCUUGAAAUGCUUACAAAAAUUGUUUUCCUUGAGCAGUUUCAGCUCUGAAACUGAGAACUGGCACACAACAAGAGCAGAAGUGAGCAGGAUCUCUAUCAUCACGCUAAUGGAAAGAUGUGAAUCCAUUUUGAGUAAAUUUUUAAGCGACGAAAAUAAUCUAGACAACCGUCCAAUCCCAACAGCAAGACUUGAAGAGAUUAUCUUUGCCCUCCAAGAACUUGACCGCCUAACCAUUCACCCCGAGGCUGCUUCGGUUCUUCCGUUGCAACCCUAUCUGAAAACCAUCCUACGCGAAGAUAAUCGUGACACCCGUUCCCACCUACUUGUCCUUUUCCCCUCACUGUGCGAGAUUGUGUUAUCAAGGGAAACGCGGGUGAGAGAGCUGGUACAAGUUUUAUUACGAGCAGUUGCGACAGAGCUAGGCCUGGAAAAGGUUAGCCUAUCCAGUUGAUGGCAACAAAUAGCAAAUGUUUCUCAGAAGAUUUGAGCUUUGAACUUUCUCUUACAGUAGAUUCUUGUGAAGUUUUGGUUGUUUAUCACUUAGGCUGUAUUCUUUGUUUUAGCUUGUACCGAUUUAUUGUGUGCUGUUUUAUCUCUCUUUUAUUCAUGAGAUUGUUCUUCAAAUUUUCCCGCUGAGGAUACACAAUACUUAAAAGAGGUUUCUUAUCA